AUAUGACAAACUUUUAAUAGUAUAUUUACAGUCUCAAAGUAAUUACGUAAUUGCGACAUAGUUUUUAAAGAAGAAGAGUUUUGAAAUUUGUUGGUUUUGGUCAAUCGGGGUUAGGUUAUACUUUAUUUAUAGAAAAUUAGUUUUGGGUGUAGCGGCAUAUUUAGAGUUGAUUGUAAUGGAAAAUGUUUUUACGGAUUUUCAUCACGUUGAAGAUUUUUUUUCGUUUUUAGCAAACAUCGAUUGGAGGGAUCCGUGGUUAAUCGGGUUGUUUGCCUUUCAUGUUUCCAUCUUUAUGAUGGCGGUGCUGACACGAAAUUAUGGGAAUUUUCAAGCGCUCCUGUUUUUUGUGCUCCUACUGAUGGUGUAUUUCUCCGAAUACAUUAAUCAACUCGCGUCUUCCAAUUGGCACAUAUUUUCAAGGCAACAAUACUUUGAUGACAGUGGCCACUUCAUAUCAAUAGUAUUUUCAAUGCCCAUAUUAUUGAAUUGCAUUUUAAUGGUGGGCAGCUGGUUGUAUCAGUCUACGCAGUUAAUGAAAAACUUGAAAAUGGCACAAAUAAAGGCAGAGUUGCGGAAAAGAAAUUCCGACGAGAGAAAGAAAUCCAAGUCAGACUGAUGGUGGUGUCCCAAAUUAGUGUAGAUAAGACGUUUUACAGCUGUAGCGACAUAAGACUGGACAUAUUAACUUGUAGAUUUAAUUGCUUUGUAUAUUUUACUUGAGGAUGUAGGGGGCUAAGGUCAGGUGCAUUUAUAAUGAUUAGUUUUAAAAUUCAAAUUGCCAUAUUAAUAAUUAAUUUUUUUUUGCAAGUAGUGGAAAAUAAUUUGUACAAGCCUGCACUUGUUAACGAAAUGAGUUAUAUUCCGUUAAUUAUUUUUUUUGAUAAGUGUCUUCCGAACAAAAUAUCACAAUUUUCUUACCCAAUUUCUUAAAAUUAGUACAAACGUUUUCUCUUUCAUUGUCCCACAUUUUGGUGUGACUUUAUCCUUUCUUCGGAUGCAUUCCUUAAAACAAGUUAAUAAGUGUUUUAGAACGCUAUCAUUGUUUUCGGAUUCCUGAAAAUUAGUUUCUAAUGAAAGAGAGUUUAAUUUGACAGUUUUUUCCAGGUGGUAAUUUUGAAUGUCUUUUGUGUUAAUAUAGAGCUGGAAUUUUCUUGUUUUUUUUUUCUAAAAUCUCCAAAAGAUUUAACCCACAUGCGGUGUUUACCCUUGUAUUCUAUUAUUAAUUUUAACUGAAACAGAACAAUUGCAUUGGUAGCCACAGAUAAAGAAUUUAUGUUGGUUAGUUUUAAUCAAACCUAAUAUUUAACCUUUAUAUGUCAAAUCGAAGCAGAAUGGGCGACGUCACAGCGGACGUAAAAUUAAAACAAAUGGCAAUUUUUGAGAACCCAGAUU